GUUGAGUCGGUGUUAUUAUUCAAUAUUACUUUUAAUUUUCUUUACCAAGUCUUAGAUUUGGAUGUGUAUAAUGAAAUUACUUAAAAAGCAGCCAUCUUGGUUACGUUGGCUUCGCUGGCCUCGGCUGAAUGACGUAUGGCAUAUUCUCAGAUAAUAAUUUCCUGAGUCAUGAACCAUGGAGCAUGCUCAGAUUCAGACUUCAGAUGGUUCACAAGUGAUGACCAUCAACGGACAACAGCUACAAGUUUUACAGAUGAAUAACAGCCCACAUAUGAUACAGGGCCCAAAUGGACAACAUAUUGUCAUACAUUCAAUACCAUCAUCAGCACCUACAAUUCAGGUGGCAGCUCCAAAUGGCCAGCAAUUACAACAAUUACAAGUUUUGCCAUUGUCAAGCCUUCAAGGGACAAGCAGUAACAUCCAACCAAUGCAGCUUGUACAGACACCAGAUGGACAGACAUAUAUAUAUCAACCUACAGCCGGAACUUCCCAACCUCAGAUUGAUCAGCACCAGAUCAUACACCAGCCAGGCACACUUAUCAAUCUAAAUGGAAACCUUGUCCAAGUUGCGGGUGUUGGCAAUGCAGUACAACCACAACAAAUUGUAAAUCAGCCCAACAUUGUAAUGAUGGUGAACGGAAACAGUGGUGCAACAACUUCUGCAGCAUCAUCAGAGGGUGCUGCUUCCUCUACAGCAGGCUCAGACGAAGAACCCCUCUUGUAUGUGAAUGCUAGACAGUAUAAGCGUAUAUUGAGGAGACGUGCCGCGAGAGCUAAGCUGCAUGAACAAGGGAAGAUACCUAAAGAGAGACCUAAAUACCUUCAUGAGUCCAGACAUCGACAUGCCAUGAAUAGAAUAAGAGGAGAAGGUGGUCGAUUCAACUCUGGCAGCAGGAAGUCAGUGAACAUGGAGCAAGUAGAUCAGACCUCUGCAACACAAAAGAUGCUAGAAGACAUCAAGCCAGAUACAGUUUCCAUCACAAUAAUCCAGGAUGAAGAGUUACAAGAAAACCAAACAACAUGGCGGCGCCUCGCACCACAACCCUUAACGUCCACAUAGCAAUUUGAAGUUGCUUAUCACCAACCAAAGUAAAUAAACAGGCUCUUGUUGCCAAUGUUGGAUGAGCAUUACAGAGGAACACUAUUACAGUGUGGAUUUGUGAAUUUGCAAGUUUCGAAAUCACAAUUAAAUUGUAAAUAGUUAAGUGACAAAUUGGAGAAACUGAUUUUUUACGAAUACUGGUAAUUUAUGACUUAAGCUGUAUGAAAAAUAUUAAAAUUUUACUUUGAUACCUCUACUAAAAGAUAUGUAUGUAUCGUUGAAUUAUAUAAAUUUAUAGUUUUAUAUGACGUUUAUUUCAAAAGCACUUAAAAGACUGAUACGCUGUCAGGAUUCGAACCUGCGACUACUAUGGGGUCAUAACUAGAAUAACAUUUACUUAUUCAAUUAGUGAAAUAUAUAUAAUGCAAGAUUUUUUUAUUUUGAAUUAAUGUAAUAAUAUUUUAUAAAUUAAAUAUAUACAUAGAUUUUAGAUAAACAAUAACAUUACCAAAAAUAACCUUAUUACUAAUCUCCAAUCAGUUUGAACAUAAGAUAAGAAGUUUCGCAAUAUAGGUAUGUGGGUUUGUUUAACGAAUUCCUAGUAAUAAUAGAUUUAAAACAUGGUAUUUUUAAUAAUUAGUGUAUUAAGUUUUUAUUUAUAAUAUUGUUAAAUGUUUUUCCAUAUUAUAGUGUGUUUACAAUUUAAAAGGAGUAUAUGUAAUUACAAUUAUUUAUUUUUCUUUACUGCAGAUUGACCUUGUUCAAGUUAAGACAACACUGUCUGAAAAUAAUGUCCAAAAAUGAAAGGAAAUGGAAUCAGUUUAAAAAAAAUGUUACUUAUUUUUCUUUUUUUAUUUAGUUGUACAAUUUCUGAUUAAGUAUGUAAGAUCAUUUGUCUUGUGAAAGAUUUAUUCGUUUGUUAUGUGAACUGGUUUUAUAAACACAAACUUACUAUGUAAUAUUUUAGGGUCUGGUAAAGUAUUUUUCUGACUUUUCACUCUGUAACACAUAUCUAAUUUAAGACAGAAUAUUUUGUAGUAAUAUAAAAGAAUAGGUGUCUGUGUAAUAAAUAUGGGAUUCCGCUAUUACAGUAAUGCAAAUGCAACAGUUUGCAAUCAAAGUUUAGUUGUAAAAUGUUUCGGAUUUUUUUUUUCUUUUAAAUCAUUGUAUUUUUUCCAUAACAUUAUUACACAUAUAUUUUUAAUAAAUUGCUGUAAACGAUGGACGUGGUAGUAUUAUAACAGAAAUAUCAUAUGUGUAAGUCAAAGAUACAUUGGUCUAAUUAACUAUGGCGGGGUAUGUCUAGUGUAAUGUGUAUUUAUGUAAAUAUCUAAAUAUAAUUAAAACUAAGUAUGUAUGGUUUUUAUAUUGCAAAGUACAAAAUAUACAUAUUGCACAA